CGGGCGAACAGGAUCGGAUCGGCGCGGCCCUGGUUGAGUCGCUGCCCCGCUCUCUGCUGUAUGAUCUUUGCUCUCUGCCUCAGGUUGUGAGUGAGUCUGCUCUGGGAAUCUCUCGGUCCGCAGGGAUGCUCGGCGUCCCGGCCCUGCUGCUGCUGCUGCUGCUCGGCGCCCCGUCCACCAGGCAAUUUGUGUCCCAGAGAUCUGCCUCCAGCUUCCUGUCCAGGAUCCGGAGAGCGAACCAUGUCUUUGAGGAGACGCGCCAGGGCCACUUGGAGCGGGAGUGUGUGGAGGAGUUUUGCAGCAAGGAGGAAGCUCGGGAGGUCUUUGAGAAUGACCCGGAAACGAAUUACUUUUACCCAAAGUACCGGGAUUGUCUCUCACGAUAUGGACCAAACACUAGGAAGAACCCAGACCUGGUGACUUGUGUUCACAAUAUUCCAAAUCAGUGUUCCCCGAUGCCCUGCCACCCUGCUGGCGUCAAGGACUGUGAGGAUCAGCAGGGAGCUUUUAAGUGCGUGUGCAAACCGGGCUGGAGAGGUGUCACGUGCAGCCUAGAUGUCAACGAGUGUGCGUCCAGCAAUGGCGGUUGUCAGCACAUCUGUUCCAACGUGGAGGGCAGUUAUCAGUGUUCGUGCAGGGCGGGCUUCAACCUGCAUCCUGACAAACAUGGGUGUCGUGACAUCAAUGAGUGUGAGUUGGAUGGCGAGCUGUGUGGAUUAGCAAAAUGUGUAAACACGCCGGGCUCUCACCAAUGCGCUUGUGACUCUGGCUACAAAUACGAUUCUUCAUCAAAGAGUUGCCAAGAUGUGGAUGAAUGUGAAAGUGCUAUUUGUGCAGGAGGCUGUGUCAAUACACCGGGCCAGUACUCCUGUUACUGUGACGGAAAGAGGAAUUUAAAGCUGGCUGCAGACAAACGGAACUGCAUGAAUAUUUUGCCUUGUGUAUCACUGAACACUGUGAAGAAUGAAGGGUCUCUGUAUCUGGGGAGGUUUUUCAAAGGGAUUCCUGUGUUGCAAUUUAACUUCAAGAGGAAGCACCAGACAAGGUUCUCAGUAGAAUUUGACUUCCGCACGUUCGACACAGAGGGCACAAUAUUCCAGGCAGGACAUCGGCACAAUAACACAUGGGUGAUGCUGGCCCUACACAAUGGGAAGCUGCAGGUCCAGUAUCACAGUGCCAACGAAGCUGCAGGAGUUACGACCGGAGGCCCGUUUCUGAACGACGGGCGAUGGCACACGAUUUCCGUUGAAGAAUCGACGAACAGCUUAAUUGUGAAAGUUGCUCGAGAGGCAGUGAUGAAUAUUAACAUCCCCCAGGGCCUGUUCAUGAAGAUCUUCGGAUUGUUUCAGAUCGACGUCACUGUCGGAGGCCUCUUUCAAGAAGGUCCUGCCAUGCUACAGAUUAACCCCAGACUGGACGCCUGCCUUCGAGGGUGGAAUUGGAUGAACAGCGAGGACACGAUAAGAGAGACCAUCGAACAUGAGGAAAGAAUGCAGUGUUUCUCUGAGCUAGAGGAGGGCUCCUACUACCCUGGACACGGCUCAGCUUCAUUUCUCCUGAAUUACGAUCGCCCACGGGGCAAGGACGAUGGAGGCUGGGCGGUGAACAUUGAACUCUCCAUCCGCCCGUCUCAAGACACAGGGGUGUUAGUUGCCUUGGUAAACGGAAGCAGUGUCCCACUGUCCCUGGCCAUCAUGGAUGUGAGCCCCACCAUACAGGGUAUUGUGUUAGCUAUCGAGAACGAGGUGGUUUACAGACUAGACCAGUUGCCAGUGUGCGCUGGUGACAAGCUGCCGAUUCAGCUCAUUGCCACAGAAGAUCGGAUCGUCUUGGAGUCUUCAGGGGAGAUCGGGUACAGCCCUUUGGCAAUGCCGCAACUAGCUGAGCGUCUUGCCACCCUCGACCUGUACAUGCGCCAGUCGGUGCUGACCUACCUGGGUGGAGUACCAGAUGUUCCAAUGACGGCUGCACCGGUUACUGCCUUCUACCAAGGCUGCAUGGACGUCCGCAUCAACAACCAAGUCCUGGACCUGGAUGAGGCUCAAUACAAACACAAUGAUAUCAGCUCACACUCCUGCCCUCUGCCGAAAUAGCCAACGGCAAUGCCUUCUUCAUCCUGAGCAUCUGCUGAAUCAAUAAUACGUCUUGGAUGUCCCUGUGCUCCAUUGACUGGGCCCUCUCCUUGUAUGCCUGGGAUGUGGGAGAGGAGAAGCAGUACAAAGCAGUAAAGAUGUUGAAAUGCCAAAGUGUGUGACCAUGCUCGCGUCUCUGCAGGUUACACGUGUUUAAUUGCAAGCGAUUUUUAACCAUGGAAAGCAUAUUCCAUUAACUGGGAAGCUGAGUUGGGAGGGGUGGAUCGAUGCUGGAUAGCCCAUUACAAUAUUGGCACAUUGAUCAUGGAGAUUUGCUCAGCCUAGUGCCUUUAUAUACAAUACUGUGCUAUAUCCUCUGUAAACACCUGUAAACAUUGUAUGAUAUUUCAAUGCAUCCGAAAGAUGCUUCACAUAAUGAAAGAAUACUUGCCUAAAA